AUGGGCACCAAGACCUCUGAAAAAACGGCAGCCGCCGAAUGCAUCUCCGACGAUGCCCUCAUCCACCUCAAGUCCUACAAAUACUCCGCCGUCGACAAGUCGCCCAUCUCCAACUACAUCCUUAAGCCAUACUGGAACGCCUCUGUCGAGCUCUUGCCGCUAUGGCUGGCGCCAAACAUGGUGACGUUGCUGGGCUUCUUCUUCAUCCUCGGAAACAUUGGCCUUCUGGUCGUCUUCAUGCCUGAUUUGGUUGGACCGGCUCCGUCAUGGUUAUACUUCAGCUUCGCCUUCGGUCUUUUCAUGUACCAGACCAUGGACAAUCUCGAUGGAAAGCAGGCCCGCCGAACAGGAACCUCGAGCGGACUCGGCGAGCUCUUUGACCACGGAAUCGACUCUCUGAACUGCACCCUGGCCAGUCUCCUCGAGACCGCCGCCAUGGGUCUCGGCUGCUCCAAGUCCGGCGUCUUCACGGCUCUCGUCCCUUGCCUGCCCAUGUUCUUCUCGACCUGGGAGACGUACCACACCCACACUCUGUACUUGGGCAGAAUCAACGGCCCUACCGAGGGCAUCUUGAUCGCCUGCAGUGUCAUGGUUGUCUCCGGUAUCUACGGCCCUGGUAUCUGGACCCAGCCCAUUAUUAAGCUUUGGGAGGGUCACGAGAAGUACAUGUUCGGCUUUGCUCACCUGCUGGGCGAGACCUCCAUCCGUGACAUCUGGAUCGGCAUGAUUGUCUUCUCCCUGUUCGCGACCCAUAUCCCCUUCUGCGUCCUUCAUGUCAUCAAGGCCCGUCGCGCGCGUGGCGAGCCUGUGGCUCCCGUCUUUUUGGAGUGGACGCCGAUGGCAGUGUUCACCCUCGCUAUUGGCGCAUGGAUCUACUCGCCUUACACGACCCUUCGCACCGAGAACCACCUCGUUCUCUUCUGCUUGACCAUGUCCUUCGUCUUUGGUCGCCUCACUACCAAGAUGAUUCUUGCUCACCUGACCAAGCAGCCGUUCCCGUACUGGACCGUCAUGCUUGUGCCUCUCGUCGGAGGUGCGUGCCUCGCCAACCUUCCGGUCAUUGGCAUCUCUGCCAUCAGCGCCCAGACGGAGCUGUACUACUUGUACGGCUACUUCAUCUUCUCCGCAGUUGUCUACUUCCGUUGGGCCUACCUCGUCAUCACCAGCAUCUGCAACUUCCUCGGAAUCAACGCCCUUACCAUUCCCAAGGAGAAGCAGCUCGCCAACAAGCAGGCGCUUCUGGCUGCGCAGACGGGGCCGAUUCUCAACGGCACUGCGAACGGCUUCAAGAAGGAGUAG